CUGCCAAGUAAAAAAAUAUCCGCGUCAUAAAAAACAAUUUAAAAGUCUUUAAUGCAUAUUUUACGAAAGACCUUGGGGGCUAAACACAGGGUGGUGUUUUGUGGUAACUACCAAGCAUUAGUCAGGUAGGUAUGACGAGUUGACCGCGUCAUUGAUAUGCAAGGGGCGACAAUCAUUUACUUUAAAUUUUAAUUAAUUUAACUCCCUUUGUUUACUCUUUCGAUAAUGUCUCAAGAAACUGGAUAAGGGUAAAUUCACGUUACAGUUUAGUAAAGAAUACAGCGAAUGACAGUUGCUUUUAGUUGUAAUUCGUAAACAUGACGAUUCCAGACCAUCUUUUUGAUGAAGGAAUUAAUAACACCCUGUUUGAUCGUGACAUGAGGCAUAUACAGCAAAACAAAACGGUGUACGAAAAGACUCAGCGUGAUUAUGAGCAAGAACAACGGGAUCUGCUAUCAUCUCAAGAUGGAGACACGUGUGAGAUCCACGAUCAGUUCUACAGGGACCAUAAACUACUGCUCGUGUUGUUUCGAGCGCUUGCAGUCAUGCCCAUCACUCGCUCUCGACCAGGCACGAUUACAUUUAGCUGGAAAUCCAGAGCCACGAUGUACGCGGUAUGUUUCUACAUCGCUGCCACCGCCGUUGUUCUAAUCGUGGGAUAUGAGCGGAUAAUGAUACUCCGAUCAAUUCGACGCUUCGACGACUAUAUUUAUGCCAUUCUUUUCGUCAUUUUCCUCGUUCCGCAUUUCUGGAUACCAUUUGUGGGUUGGGGCGUGGCUCAUCAAGUCGCUAUUUACAAAACUAAUUGGGGGAAAUUUCAGGUCAGAUACUACCGGGUUACCGGCGAAAAUCUUCAAUUUCCCAACUUGAAGACUACAAUCGUCAUCAUUAGCGUGGGCUGUUUGUUGCUCGCCGUGUGUUUCCUGCUCAGUCUCUGUAUAUUAAUGGAUGGAUUCCUCCUGAUACACACUUCAGCAUACUAUCAUAUCAUAACUAUGAUCAAUAUGAAUUGUGCUCUCUGGUACAUAAACUGCAAAGGGAUUAAGAUUGCUUCGCAAAGCCUCUCGGAAUGUUUUCGUAGGGACGUGGAACAAGAAUGUUCAGCGCAGUUGAUAUCUCGGUACCGGUAUCUAUGGCUGAACCUAUCCGAGCUGCUGCAGUCACUAGGAAAUGCUUAUGCAAGAACUUAUUCCACCUAUUGCCUGUUCAUGUUUGCGAACAUAACGAUAGCAGUAUACGGAGCCCUGUCAGAGAUAGUUGACCACGGGUUUGGGUUCAGCUUCAAAGAAAUGGGCCUAUUCGUCGACGCAGCCUACUGCUCGACUCUUUUCUUCAUAUUUGUGGACUGCUCGCAUAAAUCGACCUUGACGGUAGCAGCCGGUGUCCAAGACACACUUCUGUCCAUUGACGUCUUAGCAGUGGAUAGACCCACACAAAAAGAGAUAGACCACUUCAUCCAGGCUAUAGAGAUGAACCCAGCUGUGGUGAGCUUGAAAGGAUAUGCUCAUGUCAACAGAGAACUACUUACUUCGGCAAUCAGCAUGAUAGCUAUCUACCUGAUAGUACUACUGCAGUUCAAGAUCUCACUUCCAAAAGACCCUCAGAUCGUUGGGACAUAAUUAUAGGGAAGUUACAUGUUUUAGCUUCAAUUGUACCGUUAGAACAAAGUAUAAAUAUUAAGAUGUAUGUACUUACUUGUCCAAAGUAGUAACAUAUUAUUAGUAUUUCGAUAGUGUGUCACAAUAUAUGUACAUUUUCAAUAUCAUAAUGUAAUACCAUUUAGAUACUA